AUCAUCGAUUUAGAAUUGAAUGUACCAUUAGCAUAGUACAGUAUCCAUCUCUUCACUUGUUUGCCAAUCUGUUCCCUCGUUCUGCGCAGGAUGUACGCGUUGCAUACGAAUCGUAUGUAAAACUGUUAAGACACCACGUAUGCACGUGCGUACAUAAGAGACAAGUGGAAUUGCAUGAGAAACAAGAAUCCGCAAUUCAAAUUACAAUCGCGGGAAAUGUGGAAAUUCAAACGUCGUUAUAAAUUGGUCGUUUGACGUUGCCGUACGAAUUUUAACACGUGUCUUGAACAGCCCGUGGAAUUAGAUAGUCUUAGGAACAAAAAAUUCUCACAGAAAGACAUUUCUUAUAUAAAAGCCAUUGAACCGACGUAUCCCCGACAUUGACAAGAGGCCAAGUAUAAUAUAGAAUAAAUGACUCUUACGGUAACAAAAAAGGUUCUUCGAUUCGAUCUAGAAACGCGUGAUUUUAUUCGGAUUAAAUUCAACAACACAUCUGCGCAUGCGUGGAACUGCUUUAGUCGUUUCUCUACAAUGUUUUUAUUUAGAAUCGAAUACACGCAAAUUGUAACGGUUAACAAUUAGCCAUUUUAAUUCGCAAAAUUAUUCCGGAACGUUGCCAACGUUAAGUACAUGAAAAUUAAGAGGCUAAAUUCUACGUAAAAUAUGGGUGAAAGUAGUUUGAUACGCUGAGACUAUUUACAACGCACUCGGAACGCAAGUCAGGAAUAAAAUGGUGUAAAAAGAUGAUACAUCAGGCAGGAACAAUUAGCCUUAAUUAAAGUCAAGUAAUUAAUACCACAGUGCAGGCGCGAAUUCACCGAGUUUCUACAGGAUGCGACUCUCGAGAUAUUUUAAUGGCGCGUGCACAUAGACCACAAGGCGACGACCCAAUAUGCGACGUAUGAACUCUUGAUACUAGAAACUAAUACAGGUCUUACUGAAAUUGUUCUACCUGUCUGCGUAGAGCAUUCAGUACAUUUUACCAAUGUUACAAGUGUCAAUAAGUCUUGUAUACGAUAGCAAUAACUAUAUAAUAUUGUUAUUUGGAAAAUAAUCCACUAAAUAAUACUUGUCACGAGGACAGUAAAGGAAGUUAAUUAUUUCUAGGUACCUUUAUCAUGCGAUUGACAGUUCUUAUUAUUUUUUAUAUUGAAUGGUUAAAUGCGAAUUUUUAAUGAUUAAAGCAACACGUCAGCUACGUUAUUUAUGUCUUAUUUUGUAUAUUCUUAAUGCGAGUCUCUCUGCGGAAGUGUAACUUAUGUAAUGGCGGAUGUCACUACACGCUGCACCCUACAGACCAUGGCCAAUUUAAUUCGGCUUUCUUCCUUGGCAUGAAUAUCUUUCUGCGUGACUUUUCAUAAUGAAUGAUUCUUCUUCUUUAUAUAAUGUCACUUUGAUGUAGAAUGCAAGUGAGGCGCUGGAUGUCAAUUACAUUGUGGCUGAUUGUCUCGGGUGCAUCGCAGACGCACGCUUCCAUUGGCGGGUGGGAAGGAUGCAGUGGAAGACUGGAACGUGCACUAGAUGCACUUCACAGGGAAUCAUCGCGUAGAAUUCGAAUUGACGACGAGGACGCUGGUAUAAUUUAUCAGCAGGAAUUGCGAUCAGCUCCUCUGGAAAUGUCUGUGUCUCGUAUUGCUGUUAAGUUACCACAAGAUUUGAGGGUCAGAGGAAGUCCAUGGGCUCACGUGGAUCGUUGCAUUUAUGAACCAAACAGCAAUUCUCUUGAGACACGUUUAGUUUUCAAUGAUUUAUCAGUUUCCGGUUUGGUAUCCCUGCUACCAAGGGAUUAUCGUGCUCCAAUACCAGCUGAAUCCUGUAGAAUGACUUUGAGAUUACGUCGAGCCGGUAUAGAGUUCUACACAAGUCCAAUUGCAAGGGGCAGAGGCCAAAUGCGUAUCCGUACCGAGUCCAGCUUCUUAGAGCCAAGAUUUGCCUCUAUUUAUGCAUAUGGCUGCCGGCCUACUCGACUGGAUAAACAAAUUAAAAGGCAGGAUAAGUGGCCGCCACAGCAACCCUUGAAUACCCAGCAUACUGACGAUGAUGAGUUGACAGUGGUGCCAGUAUCUCCGAGUGAUAAUUAUGAGGCUGCUGAACCAAGAGAAUUGGUAGGUGCCUCCAAGGAAGUAGAUGUCGCAAUUGCUAAUGAAAGCAGACAAGUUCGUGCACUGUACAUGCCAGAAGCUCGUUUAGGUCUCUGGAAAAAGAAUGAUUGGAUUACAAGACCAUCUACAAGGACAAAACGAUCCACCAAGGAUAUAACAUCGGAUUUAGACAUUGAACCUGAUACAAAGACAUACCAAGCAGAGUCCACCAGGAGUCGAAGAUCUGUCGAGGACAUUACACCAAGAGACUUCGCCUUAGCUCUGGCUAAGAAGGCUAGGUCACUUCUCAUCGACAACCAGAAUACGUCUCAGGUCGUCAAUGGCAACCUGGAUUCGUCGAUUUCGCUUCACGAAAAAGAUCCACCGUCCACCAAGUCUAAUAACGUGGAUGAUCACGUCUACCUGAAGGCAGAAUCCAUAACAAAUUACAAGCGGGAAACUACGGAGACACCUAUUCAAGAGAAUCCUGGGGAAACAAGAGAGCUGCUACUGGAAGAGGAUAUUGAUGAGGUACCUCUGGCUGCUUUGGAAUCCGAAGGACGUGGUUGGCAGUCGAGGGAAGGAGUUGCCAGAGAAAUGGAGGACGUCUUCCUCAGAGGUGCCAGUCAGGCUCUCACCAGCUAUAUCGAAAGACAACUUCAUCCUGCUAUCAAAGAGACCCUUAUGCUUUCUAUGGGAUACACAAUUAGUUAUGGAUAAGGUAAAAUUAUUGUAUUUAUUUUGAAUGGUUAUAUCGACAUGAUUUUGAAUCGACAUUCAUAUUUUUUUUUGAAGAAUAAAUUAUUUGGAUAGACACAUGAGCCAUUAUGUGCGUUUAUUUGUAUCGUAACGCGUAUGUGUUACAACAAUGGGAUUUGUUAACUGUUUAUUUUUGCUCAAUACGUUCGUUUAGUUUCACGAAAAAAUUCCUUUCUAACUCAUUUGACUGAAUUUGCACUGUUUCUGAAAUUUCACGUUCACUCCUCUUUGUUAACAACACUGAAACUACACUUCAAUUAUUUUGUAUAUUUUUCUUUUUCAAAUGAAUAUGCUAACAUGUUCAAUAGUAUAUUACUAACUCUACCAUAGAAAUCAAUAGGUCUAGAGACUAAGAAAGUGCAAUGUACUAUUAUCAACAUAAAAUAGAUAUUUAUUUUAGAUUAGAUAUAUCUUGGAUUGUAUUCACUGUGUUGUUUUACAAAUAUAACUUAGCGAAUAUUUUUUUCA